AUGGCCCACUUCAACCAGAUUCAUGCACAGAUCAUCACCACCGGCAUUCAUCACGACGUCUUCGCCGCCAGCCGUCUACUAAAAUUCAGUUCUUGCACUCUAAACCCCUCAAACAUCUCUCUAACUCACCUCAUUUUCUCUAACAUCCAAAGCCCAGAUGUGUUCUCCUACAACCUCAUGAUCAAAGCCUACUCCCAAGCAGCCUUUCCACUCACAUCCGUCUCUUUGUACCGUACAAUGCUCUAUCAAGGCCUACGCCCCAAUGAGUACACCUUGUGCUUUCUACUCACUUCAUGUGCCAAUGGUCAGGGCCUCAAUGAAGGGAAACAAGCCCAUGGACACCUGAUCAAACAUGGGCUGGGGCCCGCAGUCUUCGCGGCCACCUCUCUCAUCCAUAUGUAUGGCGAAUGCUGCGCGGUCUAUGAUGCUUGUCGAGUGUUUGAUGAAAUGCCCCAAAGAAGCGAUGCAUCAUGGGGUGCGAUAAUUGGUGCAUAUGUUAGUUGUGGACACUUGAUUGAAGGGCUGCGGUUGUUUGGGAAGAUGAGAAGUUCGGGAAUUGGGGCCAGUGAUGCAACCUUGGUUAGUACCUUGUAUGCUUGUGCUAAGCUGGGGGGCUUGGUUUUGGGUAGGAUGAUCCAUUCCCAUGUUGUGGUCAACGGCAUUGAGCUCAAUGCCACCCUUGGGACGGGCCUCCUCGACAUGUAUGCAAAAUGUGGGGCCGUAGACAUGGCCAUGGACGUCUUCCGUGCAAUGCCAGCCAAGAGCGUGCCCACAUGGAAUUCCAUGAUCCAUGGGCUAGCGAUGAACAGCCGUGGGCGCGCGGCCGUUGCCUUGUUUAAAGAGAUGCAAGCCACAGACGUGCAGCCCAAUGGGGUCACAUUCAUUGGAGUCUUGCAUGCUUGUAGCCAUGCAGGAUUAGUCGAUGCUGGGGCGAUGUAUUUCUCAUCUAUGCUUAAAGAAUAUGGCGUUGCACCGAAUGUCAAGCACUACGGAUGCUUGGUGGAUCUUUUCGGCCGUGCGGGCCACAUGAGGGAGGCCUUGGAUGUAAUCAGGGCAAUGCCCAUGGAGGCUGAUGUUGUGAUAUGGGGAGCUUUGUUUGGUGCAUGCAGGAUUUAUGGCCACACAAGGCUAGGAGAGCUGGUUGCAGCGCAGAUCAUGAAAUUGCAAUCGCAACGUACGUGUGGAUAUGUGCUUCUCUCCGAUAUGUAUGCGAUGGCGGACCGCUGGGAUGAUGUGGUAGGGGUGAGGAAGAUGAUGAUGGAGAUGGACACCAGAAAGAUGCCUGGACGUAGCUUUGGUAUGUGA